GGCCUCGCUCCGCCCUGGCCCAUAUCUCGAGGUCGCACUGAGACCACAGCCCGAUGGCCACCUCCUUCGCGGCCUACGCGUCUCAGUUCCUGAACAGACAACAGACCGGCGCAUCAAGUCUGUCCUCCUCUCAACCCCUUUUCUAUUCAUUUUCGACCGACAAUGGCUCUCAUGUAGGCAGUCCUCACGAGCCCGAUCUAGAUGACCUCGACGAUCCUCACUUGCGCGCAAGCAACGUGAGUAGAGCCGCUUCUCGUAGGGCAAGAGAUGUCCCGGAGGAUGAGGAGGAUUCGUAUCUUCGCCUGGACGAGGAGGACCCGGGAGUCUCGCGGCAGCAAGCUCAGUCUAUACCGCUCCUAGGAGUCUCGGAACCGGACGGAGGUAAAGGAUGGCUUGCACAUGCAUCUCCUCUCCGUUCGCCCUCUCCGUCCCCAUCCAAUUCCUCAGCCGACUCAGGCGGGCCCCCUCCUGAUAUCCUUCAUCCCCGUUCCCCUUCCCCACAUCACACACGACCUCCACAACCGACCUCGUACCAGCCCGCGCCGCCCCCACGGACAGCAGUGACCUUAUCGCUAACCGAAUCGUUGCUUUCUCGAGACGGGCGCACACGACCAGUAGACGUCUUCUCCCUCCCUGAUCCUCGAUAUGUUCCCCGUAAUCGCCGGAAGUUCAACGACUCGAUAUGGACCAGCGUUUGGUGUGCUGGUGUAGGCGUAUGUGUCUUCUCAUCUGUCCUCAUCCUCUUCUUGACGGAAGCCCCACCGGGCCCUUCGCGAGGAUCGUACACUACACUUCUGCACACCGUUCCUCUGCUUACAAUCCUCACCUUUGUGAGUGCCGCUGUAUGCUACAUCCAUGUUUUCCUCCUCCGCAUAUUUGUAAAGCCUGUCAUGGUGGCUACCUCUGUGUUCAUCCCUGCAACGCUGCUGAUCUCCGCGGUCUGGUCCUUUAUCGGGAGUUUCAUGUGGGAUGCAAAUACAGUGCCAACGUGGGGAGAGACAUGGGGACUGCGAUUGUUCUCGCUCGUACCACUCGCCCUCGCUAUGUACACUGGAAGACGACUACUGAACCUACCCCGCGAUAUCCACACUGCUUCGUCCCUCUUAACACUGACUACUCGUCUUCUGAUGGAGAACCCUUUCCUAUUGGCGUUGUCCCCUGCUGUCCUGCUUGCCAUGCUUUUACUUUCCAUCCCAUUCAUCACACUGGCUUUCCGCCUCCUUCUGGUCGGCUAUUGGAGUACUUCCAAAUCCCCAAGGUCCGUGUGGCAUGUAGCUGAAUGGGCGCAUUGGGCAAUCGCGGCGACCAUCGGAGUAUGGCUGUGGUCUUGGGGAGUCGCGCGUGGACUGCUUCGCGUGACUUGCGCAGGCACCAUUGGUGCGUGGUACUUCGCUGACCCCGCUCUUCCUCCCCCUCCGCCGACGUCGACCCAUACGAUCCAUGCCGCGCUCAUGCGAUCGUCUCAGCCCUCCCUGGGGACCGUUGUCCUUUCCGCACUCAUUGUGACGGCGAUUCGCGUCAUGGGUCUCCUCACUGUAGCCUUGCGUGCCUUGCCAGCAUAUCUGCCCCCGUAUAUGCGGAUUGUCAGCGUAGGCGCGGGGAUGGUUGUUGGCUAUCUUGAGGGGGCGACCAACUCGCUGAGCACGUACGCGCUCAUCUACACUGGGUUGACGGGAGACGCGUUUUUCCCAAGUGCGAGGCGUGCUCGUGCGCUUGUGGGUGCACUGGAGAACCCCUCUUUGCAGAAUUACCGCCGGAGGUUCAAGACCGAACCUCCCCUCACUCUGCUUACCGUUGCGCCUUUGACGCUAACGUUCCCCUUUGCUCUGAUUACCUACCUCUUCGUCGCGCAUACGCUCGGUGCGCCGAAUUCGGCACUAUCGGCUGCGCUGCUUGCUGGGGGAGUUACCGCGCUUGUUGGAAUGUUCUGUAUAGGGCUCGUCAAGGAUACUGCUGAUACGCUGUACAUCUGCUACUGCAUUGACAAGGAUGCUGGGGAGCGUCGUCGGAAAGAGGUGUUCGCUGCUUUCGAGUAUGAGAACCGCAGCCAGGUAUCUCAACCGGCGCAGCAGCGCCGUCCAGCCCAUGCGGCACCUAUUCUUCCCACUCACCAGGACCGCCGUCAGCCGCUUCCUUCCUCUCCGCCUCUUGUGCAACAACCCCUCUUCUCGCACGCACCCCCCCUGCACCGUGAUUCUACGCCAGAUCCUUUCGAGGUCGACAACUCGUCAUCGGAUCACGAGGAGAACCCUGCAGGCUAUCUUUUGCAACACGAUCCGUACUCCCCAAGGUCGUCACAAGCAGGAGGACGCUCCGCUCUCGGCGGUGGGUCUCGGUCGCGGCUUCCGUUGAGCCAGCGGAGGCCUUCGGAAGGUACCCUCAUCGGAGGCGUCCCGGUCUCAGCGCUCGAGCCUCCGCCAGAGAGCGACGAAGAGGAUGCGGAGGACAGCCAGUUGUUCCCGGGAAGCGACUUGUUCUGAAAGAGAACUCGUUCGCCACUGCUAGGGGAUCUAUGCACAGGUAAAGGUCAUAUGCUCUUGUACAUCGUUGUCUCUUGCGUGGUGACUUGGUGAAAUCUGCACUUUAUCGCACUAUAUAAUGAUGGUAUCUCACCCGAGGACCGUGCAGCCAUGCUACUCAAGUCUCCUCACAUGACGUCGGACUGCUUUUGUUGUCACGGCACUGUACUGUCGUCUACUCAACCUACACCCAUCCUCUACCUGCCAUCCUCGUCUCUUGUCUGGGGCACUCACACUCUGUCAUGCCCGUGUUUGAUCACGUAUCUAGUUCUACCAUGUCGUAGCAUAGGUCUCAUUGGAGUGUAC